AUGCUCGAUCCGACACCCGAAAACACCAUUUUAAGGUGUUCAACGAAGAACAGACGUGGCGACUGGGUUUGGGCCGACAUUCCUCCGCAGGACUGGACCCUCACGAUGAGUCGGUUUGGAGUGGAUGAAGUGGGAGUUUUUGAAGGGCGCAUAAACGUCAAGAGAGCGAAUCAGGAAUUCGUUCACGGCUAUGUCAAUUUGACAGUCGCGAAAGUGGAGGGGAGUCAGUUGACAUGGAGCAAGUUAUCUCAUGAGAACGGAAAGACAUUUAAGUCGGUCGCACUUAUGAAUCGUCCCCGAAGUUAUAAGGAAGCAGUUGAGUUCGUGAAACAUAUGAUUAAAACAAAUCCGACAAUUGGAACCUUUUUGCCUCCUUCAGCAUACAAUCGCGACUCCUUUGCCGAUAAUUUGACAAACUUCACUUUCUGUUACUUUCUAAGUAACUCUGGCACGAACUUGUGGGCAGAAUUCCCAGAAAACGCAUAUGAAGACGAUGAGGUCUGGCGGGCGAUCGUACCUUCUCCUCACUCGACCUUGGGAGUAAUUGCCAGCUGA